AUGUACACGUCGUCCGCGCCCGGGCCGACCCGUGGACGCGGCGGGAACCCGAACGCCGUGCCGCCGCCGCCCCAAACGCAGCAACUCCGCGGCCCGUCCUCGGGCAACCCCGGCGCGCCGCCGCAGCUCGCGACCGCGGCCACGAGUCGCGUCGGCGAGAUGCUGGACCAGGUCAAAGUCGAGUACGAAGCUGCGAUCCAGCAGCUGAACAUGGCCAAGAUGGAGCAGCUCGAAGUCGAGCGCAAGAUCCAGUCGCAAGUGGUCGAGAUGGACCAGAUCCAGCAGUCGCUCAAGGCGCUCGAAGCCAACCACCGGCGCAUCCGCCAGCAGUACGAAGAAGAUAUGCUGCGCAUGCGGCGACAGCUCGAGACGGGCCAAGGGGGGCCGCAGCUCCCGCCGCAGCAGCAGCAGCAACAGCAGGUGGCGCCGCAGCAGCCCGUGGCCGUCAAGCUCCCGAGUAAGCGCUCGCGCGCAGUGCCGUCGAGCAACAGCAUCCAAGAGGACUCGUCGUCGCUCAUGUCGAACCUUGUGGCAGCAGCCACGUCGUCGAACCGCGCGGGCAGCAGCAGUAGCAACAACCAACAACAGCAGCAACAGCGAGGAAACGUGGGCUCGCCCGUUCGCGUCGUGCCCGUGCAGCCGGCGUCCCGCAGUCUGCAGCAACUGGGCCAGCAGCCGCCGCCUUUGCCGCCGCCGCCCCAACAGGGCAACUCGAGCAACGCGCCGCCGCAACUGAGUCCACUGGACACGAACAACGCCAACGCGUCCAUGUCGUCGUCCCGUCGCAUGCCGAGUCUGAGCAACGACGUGAACGGCAAAGACCGCGUCGUGAACGCGUCGUCGUCGCCGCCUGCGCUGAAAAAGUCGAAACAUAAUGGUGCCGAGUCGAGCAUGUCGAGCAUGAAUGCCAAUGGCAAGAGCACGUUGCCGUCUGUGAGCUCUUCGACUGCCGGCAGUGGCAGUAGCGGUGGCAACAGUGCAAUGACGUCCAGUGGCAUGCUGUCGCAAGUGUCGAAACUCAAUCGGGAACAGGGCUCCACGAGCUCCAACUCGAGCCCAAGAGCUGCGUCGGGUGCGAACCAGUCGCAGAGCACAGCGUCGAGCUCGAUGAAGACGGAGAACGAAGCUGCGGAUAGUCGCGCGGCCAUGGGCUCCUCGACGGCGCUGUCUGCAGCAGCAGGCAACAACACGACGCAGAAGAGCUCGAACACAAAGGCGAGUCGACUGAACUGGAGCUGUGUAUAUUCGUCCAAGACGAGCAUGUCGUAUCAGGAAUCAGAGCGCCCAGCGGCCGAGAUGCACCAGUCAAUGGACCACCAGAGCGUCGUGUGCUGCGUACGUUUUUCGUCGGACGGGACGAUGAUGGCGUCCGGUUGUCACAAGACAGCGCAGGUGUUUGACGUCAAGACUGGCGACCGCAAGUUCCUCGUGUCUCGUCCCGCAGGAUCGAACGGACUGACGCCUACAUCGCAGGCCAACGCUUCGGCUAACGAAGCAGACGACGCGUAUGUCCGCGCUGUGUGUUUCUCGCCGGACUGUACAAAGCUAGUGGCUGGCAUGCCACAAAAUACCAUUCGUGUGUGGGACAUUGCAUCGAAUGAGGAAGGUCCUGCUAUGACUGGCCACGAGUCGGAGAUUUAUUCGCUGGAUUACGUAAAUGACCUGAUCGUGUCUGGAUCGGGCGACCGCAAGGUGCGGCUCUGGGACGCCCGCAACGGGCAAUGCAAGAAGAUAUUCGGCAACGAGAGCGGCGGUCCAUCGGAUGGCGUGACGUCCGUGGCGCUGUCACCUGACGGACGACUGUUGGCAGCUGCGUCGCUGGACAAGGUGGUACGGAUUUGGGAUACAGAGACAGCGCAAUUGCUGGAUCGCCUGGAAGGCCACAGCGACUCGGUAUACUCGAUUGCGUUCUCGCCCGACGGCAAGAACGUGAUUUCGGGCUCGCUCGACCGCAACAUUAUGUUGUGGGAUGUGUGCGCACAGGGCCGUACGACGACACGACCGCGCAUGCUGUUCCAGGGCCACAAAGACUUUGUGCUAUCGGUGGCGUACACGCCAGAUGGAAGAUGGUUGAUGUCCGGCUCCAAAGACCGGUCGGUGGUGUUCUGGGAUCCGCGUUCGUCGCGCUCGGUGCUAACGCUAACGGGUUACCGAAAUUCGGUCAUAAGUGUGGCGUCGUCCCCAGCGUCCCCCUACUUUGCAACGGGAAGUGGCGACUGCUUUGCCGUGAUCUGGAAGUAUCAGUGUCAGACAUUUUAA